GUACACAAAAUCUCAAACUGAAGAUUUUGCUUAAAGUGAAACAAAACACUUAUCACUUGAUCCAACUCCUUGUUGGUUAAAGAUAUAUUUAUUAGAUUAACAAACCCUCUCUCUCUCUCUCUUUCUCAUUUUUUAGUAGAAAGCAUGAGGGCAAAAAAGAAGAAAUAACUUUGUUAGGAUAGAAUGGAAUAUAAUCUGCUUUCUGGGUUUGGGCGGUACAACUUGUAUCAGUAAUAGCCUGCCUAGAAUGUACCUUUUAUUUAUUCAUCCUCAUCAAAUACUUAUACCGGCAGGGAUGAUAUUCUUUAAUUUGGAGAUUACUCCAAUGUGAAAAUGAAGAAAUAAAUAUUCAUUUAAAAAACAAAGAAAAAGAAAGAUAUAUAAGAAUUGAAAUGAUGAUCAUAUAUAAUAACCUACCCCCAACAAAAUCUAAUUGAUUUCAGGAAAUCUUUAAACUUGGUCCACGAUGACCAGUUCUAAAGUCCUUUUUGACCUAGCUAUAUAUACUUUGACUGUGGGUGUGGAUCGACAUUAUUCCUUACCAUCCAAUCAGAAAAACAGAGGGACAUUGAGAGGGUGGGCAGUCCAUUUAUAAUGAGAAUGAGAUUCCCCAUACUAGCUAGCCACCUAAUCAUAACAAUCCUCUGCUAACCUCUUUCUACUUUACUUUCCCCAGGACUAGAAUCCUUUCUUUUCUACCUUUCUUCCCUUUCAAUCCCCUCAUACAGGUGUCUACUAUAAUGGUUGCUUGUGUUGGUGAAAUUCUACUGUAUCAUCGAGACAUGAUGUGAUAUUCUAAAUCAAUAUCAACGAUAAAU